AACAGUGAGACCAAUGGCUUAGGUGCAACAGGGUCACAUGGUAAUGACACACCUGUCCAGGGCCUAUAGCGGCGCCAGGCGCACGAGCAGCACAGGUAGAGCAGAGCACAAGGUUCCACGCUGCGUAGGCUAUAGGGCGCAGGUACGUGUGCACACACACCCGUUGGAUAGCCCUGGCCCUCGACAGUCAUGAAUCGAGAAGAGCACUACUAUUCUCCCGCGCAGCUGUUCAAGGACUCCUGCGCCUACCAGAGACCACACAGCGAGGACUACAGCCACAGCCCUCCGCCCUGCCUCUACAUGGCCCGGCAGGCUCAGUCCGUCUACUCCUCGCCCUCCAUCGGAGGGCUAGACCAGGCGUGUCUCCCUGACAUUGCUCCGUACAGUAUUCCCCUGCGAGAGGACCCGGGUGUGCCGCAGCUCCACCACCCCCAGGCGCCCCAGCAGACUCUACAGCCAGGGCCAGGGGGUUACGAAUACCCGGGGGGGUUGGCUCUGUGUGCCGAUAGGAACAAAUAUCACCUGCCUUUCCCCUGGAUGAAAACCACCAAGUCUCACGCGCACACCUGGAAGGGACAGUGGGCAGGCCCCUACAUGGUGGAGGCGGAGGAGAACAAGCGGACAAGGACGGCCUACACGCGAGCCCAGCUCCUGGAGCUGGAGAAGGAGUUCCUGUUCAACAAGUACAUCAGCAGGCCGCGGCGUGUCGAGCUGGCCCUCACCCUCAGCCUCACAGAGAGACACAUCAAGAUCUGGUUCCAGAACCGACGGAUGAAGUGGAAAAAGGAGGAGGACAAGAAGAGAGUGAGGGGGGUCGACCCCGAGCAGGACUCGUCCAUUACGUCAGGAGACUUGAACGAUGAGGCAGGGGUGGGAGUCGGGGGGGCAGGACAUCCCACCACGACACCCCCCUCACCCUUACACGCCCAUUCCAUGUCAGGUUCUAGAGACUCGGCCUAGCAGGGCUGAUAUGGAUGGAUGAAAACUGGACAGACACUCAGGAAAGGGGACGCUCUGAGGCUGCGUUAAGACAGGCAGCCGAAUUCUGAUAUUUUUUCAGUAAUUGGUAUUUUGAUCAAUCAGCUCAGCUCUGAAAAAGACCUGACGUGCAAAGAUCUGAUGUGAUUGGUCAAAAGACCAAUUAGUGCAAAAAAUAUCAGAAUUCGGCUGCCUGUGUGAUCGCAGCCUCAUUCAAACAGACUCGGUUGGUAUUAUUCAUGUACAUUAUCGGCGGUGACAGAUUGAAGAGAGGUGAAAGGCGAGGACUGCAGGUUCAUUGUCUGCGAUAUCAUCAUUCUGCGACUGAACUCUAACCUCACGUUGUCGUGCUGAGGACAUGCGGGUCAUGCACUGAUGAUGAUAGUUGGCAUUGGACAUACGUGUACAAACCCACUGCUCUGGUCUGCAGCCUCUCGUUGCGUUGCCAGAAGAGGGCAGCACCCACUGCCUGGAGAGACAGUUGUGAGACAGACCACACAACUCUGUUGAGAGCUACGUCGGGCAUCUAGCCUACUUUGAUUGCUUUACUAAAAUCAAUGCACUUCAGAUAUUUUCUCUGAAAAUGUUGGCAGUGUACAACCAAGUUUAAUUUAUGUAUGUAAAUAUAUGCAGUCUAUGCACGGGACAUGAUUCUGUCAAUAUUGCCAAUACUGAUGCAUUUUCUGAUAAGUUGUUAUAUGACAUAAAUGAGUCAAUCACACCAAUUAUAUAGCCUAUUUAUGUACUUAAUGUUAUCACAUCAUUGAUGUCUUAAUGAUAGGCACUGUGAAUAAUGUACUGUAUUUUGAAUUCUUUAUUAAGCUAUAAAGUUCAAGUUUGAAAUCAGAAUAAAGUAAAA